CUGAGGAUGGAGACUCCGCGGCAGGGAGGCGAUCAGCAGUGCGCACGCCUUCACAACUAAACAUCAACACGUUGGACCGGAAACACCCUGCGUUUCACGGAAUUGAGUGGGUCUCCCCCCUCUGUCCGCUCGUUGAGUCUGUCCGAUGAUACGGUCAUCUGGGUUGACAGCGCGCAAACCAACACGCACUCCCACUCCCACUCCCACUCGCUCGCUCCUCCGUGCACGCCGUCGCACCGCGCGCGAGCCUCGGCGCCUUGUGUCGUUCAUCCAUCCCGCCGAAGGCUGCUCCACACUUUCUUCUUAUUCUUCUCCCCUCCCGUCCUCGCUAACUCUUCGUCGGAUUGAAAGGGGAUGAUAUCAACAGCUACGUCUCUUCUCACCUCCGCGACACCGUGGACUGGAGCGCAGGGAUCGCGGGACGCGCGCGUCACCCCGGAGAGCCGCGUAGAGGACACCGCGCUAAGUUUUGGGCUCGUGGUUCCUCGGCUCAGCAGCGUGGGAGGAUCACGGACGUUUGUCGGAUGGUUGUCGGAGAGGAGUCACCGCCUCUGCGCCAGUCUCAGAUGAAGAUGAAGUCUGCGGGCGUCGUGGACGGCGGCUUGUUCACAGAGAGCUAUUGCAACAUCUGCAAUGCCCAGCUCAUCUCCGAGUCCCAGCGCACCGCUCACUACGAGAGUAAGAAACAUGCCAACAAAGUGCGUCUGUUCUACAUGCUUCACCCUGAAGAUGGAGGACCACCUUCCAAAAGACUGCGGCCAGAUAACCCAGACUGUGCGGAGACAGAGGUGGACAGGAACAAGUGCUGCACCUUGUGUAAUAUGUUCUUCACCUCCGCCAUCGUGGCCCAGUCGCACUACCAGGGCAAGACGCACGCCAAGAGAGUUCGCCUGGUGCUGGGGGAGCCGCCUCGCACUCCCCCAGUCGCCACGACCAGCCCGACAAACACAGACUCCUCCCCUUCCACCCCGCUGCCCGUGGACCCCGCCGCCUGCCCUCCUCCCGCCCCCGACCUGGCCUGGCCCUUGGCGGUGGUCGGCGGCAACGGCGGAAGGGAGGCUGGGAAAUACUGCUGCCUGUGCGGAGCCUGGUUCAACAACCCUCUGAUGGCCCAGCAGCACUACGAGGGCAAGAAACACCGCAGGAACGCAGCCAGAGCGCGCCUCCUGGAGCAGCUAGCGGGCAGCCUGGAUGCCACGGAGAGCACAGGGCUGCGAAGUAGUUACUCUUGCAGUGUCUGCAAUGUGGUCCUCAACUCCAUUGAACAGUACCAUGCACACCUCCAGGGCUCCAAGCACCAGAACAACCUGAAGCAGCACCAGCAGUGAGCCGCGGAGACAGGCCGCACUGCAAAGAAGAAAAGAUGAUUGCUGGAAUAAACAACGACACAAAAAAAGGACUUUUGUCAGAAACAGAAGAGUAUGAGAAAGUAUAGCAGAGUAACUUCAGUGAGUGUUCAUCUGUUUGUGUGCCUGAAAAUGUGUGUGUGUGUGUGUGUGUGUGUUUGUGUGUGUGUGUGUGUCAUGGGCAUCCAUGCAAGCGUCUGAAGUAUGCAUGUGUGGUUCAUUGGGAGUGUGUUUAUUUCUAGCUUUGAUCUAAAACGAUAUCUCUGAGAUGUAUUCAGCACCUAAGUGUUAAGUGAUAAGUUCUCGACAGCCGUCCGAAGCGGCUGCAUGUUGCCAUAAAACUCCAGUGUGAACCACAAUCUGAAAACUGUACUGAUGUCAGUGUCGCCCAGAGCGGUAAUAAUCAUUAUAAUGAUAGUCAAAGAGCAGCAGUGACAAUAACGUUGUUACUAGCUGUCCCCCAAGCGCUCUGACAGUGAUCCAAAUCGUGUGAUUCUACAUGCUUUUCACUUACUCUGACAGUGGCACACGAAUGGAUCACCUAAAGACCACUUGAGACUUACUCAGGUCCCAGACCUUUAAAUCCAUGGAGAAGAAAACUUCCAACGACCUCAACCACCAUUACAGAUUGCAUGAAUUUCCAACUUUAAAAAUCAUUUCUCGGUUUGACUCUUGUGUUGUCUAUAUAUGCAGAGGACCUGCAUCACUUUUUAUCUUUUUGUGUACUCCAUUUAACCCAAACCAUAGGACGUGGCAUGGUUACAGUACAGACGGCAACGGAGAAAAGAAAGGCAGCACAAAUACUUUUAAACUCCUGUUUCCGAGGUUCUGUGCAACUUUGUGAAUCAUCCACCAUUGAUAACAUUCCCAUAGCACUUAAUAUUGAUGUCAGAUGCAGUCAGAAGGUGCCAAAAGCUCUCUUCUCUGUUGAGUUGGGCGACCUGUAGAUAACAUUUUUUAUUCUAUGGACAAAAAUGGAGAAAAAAAAGACAGCAUCGCUCCCAGACCAUGUAGCAGCCAACGUGCAACACAACUGGGAUGCAAUUCAAUGCAUGCACGAUGUGAAACGUUGCAUUCACUUGCCUUUUUGAAACAUAUUGCUUGCGCAUUCUGGCAAUAGCGCUGCUUUCUAGUGAUCGCUUCGUCUGCAUUGCGGCACAUGCUUGCGCCUGAGCAAACAGGUCACCUGUUCACGAUCCAAUUAAACUAUCAAAAAAUGUAAACCUUUUAAUAUCUGCAAAUGAGACCAGCCACAGCUGUUGUGUCACCACUCAUUUGUGUGUAUUUUGAGUGUCCGCAAAGUGAAUUUCAACAAUAGUCGGUAGCAAGAUGAGACUACAGACUGAGAUGAGGACUGAAGAACACAACACUCAAUGCUAAGCUAUCAGCUGUUUGCUUUUUGUCUCUGUAAACGCAUUCAAAUGUUUUUUUUUAUUUUUUUAUUUUUUAUUUCAUGGUGAGGAGACUUAAUUUUGACUGACUUGAUUAAAAGUGUUUUUCUUCUGCAGACAUAUGGAGGAAUAAUGGUUUUAUGCAAUCACACUGUACCAUACAAUGGUUUAAAGUAAAAUAAUUUAACAAAGCAUAAAAAAAGCAGUGUGUGUAAAUAUAAAGUAGCUGCAGGUGAAAAGUGUGUUUUAAGUUUUUGUAUUAGUACUGUUACGGAGUUACAGGAAAAUAAGAGGAAAGGGUUUCCUAUUGAUGUUAAUGGGAAAACAUUAAUGCUGGAUAUUAAACAAGAAUGAACUGUC